AUGCGCAUACACGUGUUUGAUGUUGCUGCGAGCAAGCACGCGAGCUUCUUUGCACCGCGCAGGUACACCACGGCUUUCGCGCUCUUCGAGGCUUUGUGGGAGGCCGGCAUCACCGUCUGCUUCGUCAAUGUGGGCUCAGACCAUCCGUCUAUCAUCGAGGCCAUCGUCAAGGGCAAGAGAGAGCGGCCAGGCAAAUGGCCCCGAUUCAUAACCUGCCCAUCCGAGAUAACAGCUAUUUCGAUGGCAGAUGGCUACGCGAGGAUAUCUGGCCGGGCGCAAGCUGUCGUAGUCCAUGUCGACGUGGGCACGCAAGCGCUUGGACAGGGCCUACACAAUGCAAGCGUCGGGCGGGCGCCUGUGUUCAUCUUCGCCGGAAUGUGUCCCUACACUGAGGCUGGAGAGACGACGGGGUCACGAACAGAGUAUAUGCACUGGCUGCAGGAAGCGCCUGAUCAGAAAGCUAUUGUCCGCCAAUAUUGCAGAUAUACUGGCGAGAUCCGGACAGGCCUCAACGUCAAGCAGACCGUUGCACGUGCGCUGCAGUUUGCAAACAGCGGACCCAAAGGACCAGUCUAUGUUGCAAGCGCACGAGAAACACUUGCGGAGGUAAUCGAGGAGCCUUACCGGUUGGAUCAGGAACAGUGGAAAGCCGUCGGUCCCAGUGCUCUGCCAGCUGAUGCGGUUGAAAAGGCAAGUUCUACAUCUAUACGCUUGCAAGACAUCCUACUUACAUGA